AACGCGAAUAGUAAAAAAGGAAAGUCCCGAUUCCUACAACAUUCGGACAACAGCUCAAUGCCUACAAAGAGGUAGCUCCAGUUGCCAACGCAAGACUACUCGUUACAUACCAUCUCCCGAUGGAACACCCGACAGCAGUGAUUGUAUAUCUUUAUCAAGUAUAAUCGAUCUAUAA